GAUGUGGCAAAUAAAACAAACGAAGAGGCUGGUGACGGAACUACGUGUGCUUGUGUUCUUGCAAGAGCAAUUGCUAAAGAGGGCUUUGAGAAUAUCAGCAAAGGCGCCAAUCCUGUAGAGAUUCGACGAGGUGUGAUGAAGGCAGUCGAGGCAAUUGUGGAUGAACUGAAAUCGAUGAGUAAAAAGGUUACUACACCAGAGGAGAUCGCUCAAGUUGCUACUAUCUCAGCUAAUGGUGAUAGCAGUAUCGGAAGUCUUAUUUCUGAGGCCAUGAAGAAGGUUGGUAACAAAGGAGUGAUCACUGUAAAAGAUGGUAAAACGAUGAAUGAUGAGCUGGAGACGAUAGAGGGUAUGAAAUUCGAUCGUGGUUACAUCUCGCCGUACUUCAUCAACACAGCCAAAGGCGCGAAGGUUGAAUUCGAGAAGGCGUUCCUGCUUCUUUCCGAGAAGAAGAUCAGUUCUGUGCAAGAAGUUGUACCGGCAUUGGAACUUGCGAAUAAAUACCGAAAACCGUUGGUAGUGAUCGCAGAAGAUGUUGAUGGAGAGGCUCUUACCACGAUGGUGCUCAAUAGACUGAAGGUUGGUCUUCAAGUUGCCGCAGUCAAAGCACCUGGUUUUGGUGAUAACCGAAAGAACACCUUGAAAGAUAUGGCAAUCGCAACCGGAGCAACUGUAUUUGGUGAUGAGGCGAAUAUGGUCAAGAUUGAAGAUGCACAAAUUCAAGAUUUUGGUGAGGUUGAAGAAGUGUCGAUCACGAAAGAUGACACUCUUCUCCUUCGUGGCAAAGGCGCAGCAGCAGAGAUCGAGAAGCGUAUAGCGCUGAUUGAAGAUGAAAUUGAAGCAAGUACAUCGGACUAUGAGAAGGAGAAAUUAAAUGAACGAUUAGCGAAACUGUCGAAGGGUGUAGCCGUGCUGAAGGUUGGUGGUGCAAGCGAGGUGGAGGUGAAUGAGAAGAAGGAUCGAGUCACAGACGCACUGAAUGCCACACGAGCAGCCAUUGAAGAAGGUAUCGUUCCCGGUGGUGGCGUUGCCUUACUACGUGCCCUCAGCGCUCUCGAUAAACUCAAAACUGACAAUUUGGAUCAAGCUAGAGGCGUGAAGAUUGUGAAGAAAGCAAUUCGUGAGCCGAUCACAACGAUCGUCCGCAACGCCGGCAUUGAUCCAUCAUCGGUGGUUGAGAAGGUUCUCGGCAACUCGGAUCAUGCGUAUGGUUAUGAUGCGUUGAACGACCAGUUUGUCAAUAUGUUCGAUGCUGGUAUUAUCGACCCAACGAAGGUUGUGAGAACCGCAUUGCAGGAUGCAGCUGGAGUAGCAUCACUGUUAGCGACAACAGAAUGUGUGGUAACUGAGAUACCAAAAGAAGAGCCAGCAAUGGCUGGCAUGGGUGGUGGUAUGGGAGGCGGUAUGGGAGGUAUGGGUGGAAUGGGUGGUAUGUAUUAA